AUGAUUCCCUCCCGGAGAGCCGCUGCUCCUGCUCGGACUCUCCUCCGCUACCAACAGCCUCGCCGCUUUGCCUCCUCUACACCCCAUGGUGAACAUCACCAUGCCGAGCCCGUGAACGAGACCUUUGGCCGUGGCUUCUACGUUUUCAUCGCAUCCGUCCCUGUGGGCCUAGCCCUGUACAAAUACUCCACGUCAGAUCCAAACAACAAGCCAUGGAUGACCCGCCUAAUUGAAAACUACUUUCCCAAGGAAAGCACGUGGGAAAGGCGGAAUACCCUCCAUACAGCCGCUAUCGAGCGAGCUGCAGCUGAUCGACAUCUAUUCCACAGCCAAAGGGCAUCCCUAAACUUGGAGCUGAGUUUUCCUGAGAUUUUCAACACCGGGUCGCCCAUGAAUGUACCUGCAGGUAACGGUUCUGCGGACCUCACAUCAAUUGUCUCUCACUAUCAGACGAAAAAUAGGAAAAUCGAAGAGGAGCGCGUUUCGCGAAUGAAGGAUGGGAAAGUGCUUUCUAUCUAUGAAGAUAAUCGAUACUUCUGA